CACCUACAUUAAAGAUAGCAUCAAACACCUUCUUAUUUUAAAUGUUCUAGGGAAGUUUUCAGUGCCCAUAUAUAAUGCCUUACAGAAGCCUAGAGAAUUAUUGUCUCCAUCGAGCUAUCACUCAAGCUUCUCUCAGAUGGACUCAAAGAUGAACAGUGCAGAGUUCUCAUCUAACACAACCAGCGGAGACAUCAGUGUGGUUUGUCCCAUGAAGCCACAGCACAUCUCCAUUUCUGUGCUCAUUUGUCUAACUUUCCUGGUGGGACUCCUGCUUAAUGUCUUCAGUCUGUGGGUGUUCACAUGCAAGACACCAGAAUGGACGUCCAACACUGUUUUUCAAGUUCAUCUAGCUGUCAGUGAUGUCAUCAUAUGUCCUAUGGGACCGUUUAUGGCAGUGUAUUACCACACUGCUAACUGGCCUUUUGGGAAAGCUCUUUGUCAGCUUAAAAUAGCUUUAAUGACCUUUCACAUAUAUAGCAGUAUUCUGUUUCUGACUCUCAUUAGCAUUCACCGCUAUGUGGUCGUGGUAUGCUACAACCAAGACUCUUACAUGAAUCGAAAGAACUUUGUCCAGAAGCUCUGUUUUGGAGUUUGGCUUUUGGUAUUGGUUAAAGGAACUGUUUUAGCAAUGAUUUUAGACACAAGCACAGUGAACAAUCACACUUUAUGCCUCAGCAUUCACCAAGACCAAUAUACUAACUCUUAUUUCAUUGCAAACUUCUCUGUCCUCAUUCCUGGAUUACUUCUAGCAUUUACUGUUUCUGUGAUCUGCUACAGUCUUCUGGUACGCUCGAUGUCCCGUCUAGACACUAGCCACGAUAGUGGACAAGCUAUUAAGAAAAAAUCAUGUAAAAUGGUGACUGUUUGUUUGGCAAUAUUCGUUGUUUGUUUCACACCAAUGAAUGUGGUUUGCAGUGUGGGUCUUGUGGUUAAGAAAUUCUUUCCCAGCAAUUGCAGCCUCCUUUUAAAACUAGAGACUGCAUACUAUGUGUCAUGGAUCUUGGCUGGAGCAAACUGCUGUCUCGAUCCAAUUAUCUAUUGUUUCAGUUGUCAGAAAUUCACAAAAACAUUUCGUAUCUCUCUACGUAGAAUAGGCUUGAGGCUUAAAAUUGCUCAAGAUGAAUCUUCAUAA